AUGAGCACAGCACCACAGUCCCGGCAGGUACUCCCCCCGAAGAGGAAAUACGAGAGGGAGUUCCUGCUGGGCCUCCAGUUCGUCAGCGCCAGCCUGCAGAAACCCGAGGGGCUGCCGCACAUCAGCGAGGUGGUCCUGGACAAGCCCAACACGGUGCCUCUAACCCCCCUGGACGGCAGCCAUCCGAGGGGUACAAACUGUGGCUCUGAAUUCACAUCCCCUUUCAUCAGCCGAGGGAGGCCGUCUAUUGGUGGGAGAGGGCCCCCCCAGAUGGACAGCCCCCGGGGUUACCAGCAGGUCCCGUGCGAGGAGCCACGGAGGAUCCUUCCCAGCAUGCCUCUGGGCGGCGAGGUGCAGCUGAACAGGGCGGCGAACGCGUGGCGGCCGGCGGUGCGGACUCCGGCGGCGGGGGACCGGGGGGGGGAGGACCCGGAGGCGGCCGGGACGCAGGAGCUGCUCUGUCGGGUGCGCAGCGUCCUCAACAAGCUGACGCCCGAGCGCUUCCAGCCCCUCACCAGGCAGCUGGCCGCCCUCGCCAUCCACACCGAGCGGCGGCUCCGCGGCGUCGUCCGCCUCGUCUUCGACAAGGCCGUCUCCGAGCCCAAGUUCUCCGUCACCUACGCCAACAUGUGCCGCUGCCUGCGGGAGCUUAGCGUCCCUGCUAUGGAUAACCCAGGAGACACUCUGACCUUCUGCUCACUGCUGCUGGACCUCUGCUGGAAGGAGUUUAAGAAAAUCAGGGACGACGACAAGAUCUACGAGCAGAGAAAGAAGGAGCCGAACGCUGUUACCACGGAGGAAGAGAGGCAGCGUCUGAAGGAGGAGCUGGAGGCGGAGGAGGAGGCACACCGCCGGCGGUUGCUGGGCAACGUGCGGUUCAUCGGGGAGCUGUUCAAGCUGGAGCUGGUGAGGGAGAGCGCGGUGCGGGACUGUGUGACCCGGCUGCUGGGGAAACGCUCCGAGGAGGCGCUGGAGUGCCUGUGCUGCCUGCUGUCCACUGGCGGCAAGAGCCUGGACUGCCACAGGGCCAAGCCCCACAUGGACCAGUACUUCACACAGAUGGAGAAGAUCGUCCAGGAGAAAAAGACCUCGUCCAGGAUCCGCUUCAUGCUGCAGGAUGUGCUGGAUCUGAGACAGAAUAACUGGGUCCCGAGGAGAGCCGACCAAGGUCCCAAGACCAUCGACCAGGUGCACAAGGAGGCGGAGCUUGAGAAGCAGCAGGAGCAGAUGAAGGUGCAGCUCCUCCCCAAAAGGGACAGACACCCACUCUGGGGCUGCGGAGGCCAAUCACAGGAGGAGGGCUGGAGCUCCUCCCCCAUCGCUGCCAGGAACCACACCAUCGACGGCAGCCAGCUGAGCAGGAUCAGCAAGCUCGGAUCGCUGGACAUCAACAGCCUGCUUUUCACCCCCGGAGGGGAGGGCAGCUGGAGGAGCUGGAGCCGGGGCAGUAACGGAGGCUCCUGUUCCAAACGCAGUGGGGAACCAGAGUGGUGCUGCCCUUCCAGCCCGCAGCACUGUUACUCCCCCCUCCAGAAGUCCUUCACCCCCCCGGCCCAUCUGGCUGACUGCUACAGCAGGGUGUCCCAGAGGAGCAACUGGAGUCAGGACUGCGGAGAGCACACUGACCGGUACAGCUGGCACGAGCGUUCAGGUCACCACGGCGACCAUCCCGAUCAGAGGGACGAGUGGCACCGUCAGACUCCCACCAGCAGGAGGAGCUGCAGCAGGGGCGCGGAGGAGAGCGAGUGGGACCACCGCGGCCCCGCCGGUGCCGCCCACAGCUGGACCCGGGCCAGGUGGGACAGGGGCCGAGGCGGAUCUGACAGGGGCCAGGGGAACUGUGCCACACCCGCCCGGCUCGCUGUAGCUCAGCCCAGCCUGGCAAAGACCGACCCAGAUCAGCCCAACCCAGUUCAGCCCAGCCUAGCCAAGAAUAACUCAGAUCAGCCCAGCCCAGACAAUACCGACCCAGAUCAGCCUGGCCCAGUUCAGCCCAGCUCAGCUGAGAUUGACCCUACAAAGCCCACCCCGGCCAAGACUGACCCAGCUAAGACCGACCCAGCUAAGCCCAACCCAGCUGAGCCCAGCCCAGUUCAACCCAUCAUGCCCGAAGACAAGCUAGAAAAGAAGUCAAAGGCCAUCAUCGAGGAGUACCUUCACAUUAAUGACUUAAAGGAGGCGCUGCUGUGCGUGCGGGAGCUGACCUGCGUGCCGCUGCUGUCCGUGUUCGUGCGGAGCGGCGUGGAGACGGCGCUGGAGAGGGACGCUGUCGCCAGGGAGCGCACGGGCCGGCUGCUGCAGCAGCUGGUGCAGGCGGGAACCCUGCCAGCCCAGCAGUACUACAGGGGGAUGCAGGAGAUUCUAGAAGUUGCUGAGGACAUGGCGAUAGAUAUUCCCCACAUCUGGCUCUACCUGGCUGAGAUCAUCGUGCCCAUGCUGGGCGAGGGAGGACUUCCCAUGGGGCAGCUCCUCAGGGAGGUGUCCAAGCCCCUGGUCCCGCUGGGCAAGGCUGGAGAGCUGCUGGUGGAGAUUCUGCUCCUGCUGUGUAAAGCAACGAGCCAUGCGGAGGCGGCUGCGCUGUGGAGAGAGGCGGGUCUCAGCUGGACGGACUUCCUGCUCGAGGACGAGGACAUCAGCGAGUCUGUGACCGAGAGGAUCUGCAGUGGAUGUGCUUUGGAACACUGUCCAAUGAGGACGUGA